AUUGAACCUGGUUGUUUUCAAAACAGCGACAGACAGCAGCCGAGCAGCACUGCAGUGAGCUGCAGCUCUGUCUCUGCUCGCUGUCUUUGGUUCUCCUCGACGACUUCUCCCAGUUUCCCUGAUUUUUAUUCGUUCAUGUUCCUCCCCAGGAAUUUGCACCGAAAGAUAAUCCCUAAAUGCCAGCCCCCCUCGCCCGCUGGGAGGACAGCUGGUGCGCUGAUAACAUUGGAGUCGGGGUUGCCCUUGACUUGGGCAGGAGUUAGGAGGAGCAGGGGACGACGAUCAUGCAACCUGAUGAAAGAACUGACAUUAUUGCGGCUGUGUGAUCUGCAUCGGCAGGGCUGUCAGGGAUGCUCUGUGAAUUAAUGUCAUCCCUGCUCCCGACCCAGGAGCACCAGCGUCCUGCUGAAGCAAGCAUCUGCAGGGAGCCCUGGCCCCGGAGCUCCGCUGGCCGAGCAGAGGAGGCCUGAGCGGUCUCCACCUCCGGAUUAUGGUGGAUGGUGGCAGAAGGCAAGUGUGCAUGACAAGAUAAACAAACCCAGAGCUGUCUGCUGUCCUGCAGCAGAGAUAAAGUAGAGGCUGUGAGCGUGCUUGUCAUUGUUGCUUUUUUUGGUCUCUUUGUGGGAGUAGGUGUUCCUAUUAAUAAUAGAUGUGAUGGCCAGCAGCCCCUGAACUGUAAAUGUGUUCUUUGACUGGGCCGGCUUCUUUUUUUGAACCUCUAAAGAAAAUUGACUGAAAAUGAUGGCUGACCACGAGGAAGCAGAGCUGUCCGAGUCCCUUCAGAAGGAGGACGGGUUUUCCAGCGAGGUGGAGGAUCCAGGUACGAACUUCAAAUCUAAAAGUUUGCCUGUUUUAAGCGAAGCUGCAUCUCAGGAGAAAACCUUACUGGCGAGCUCAGUGCGGAUGUCCAUAACGGCCGAGGAGAGCACAGAGUUCAUCCAGAACCCGCCCAACACUGAGUCGUUCCAGGCCGAGUCCCCAACGAGAGCAAACUACCCUCCAAAGCCAGGGAAGUCGGCGCUGAAUAGGCCGGCCUCGUACAUGGAGAACACGGAGAUCCGAAGGAGUAAACACAUGGCUAGGAGGAAGCCCCCGGGGUUUUUCGCAGCCAGGCUAGCUCAGAUUCGUCUGCCCAGUCGGAAGCACCUUGGCGUCAUCUUGCAGGACUCUCGCUGCUUCCUGUUCUGCAUGUGCUACCUGACGUUCAUCCAGUCGCUCAUGGUGUCUGGCUACCUCAGCAGCGUCAUCACCACCAUAGAGAAAAGGUACAGCUUGAGGAGCUCAGAGUCUGGCCUGCUCGUCAGCUGUUUCGACAUCGGGAGCCUCCUGGUGGUCGUCUUCAUCAGCUACUUUGGUGGGCGGGGCCAGAGGCCUCGCUGGCUGGCAGUGGGGGGCAUUUUCAUCGCUGUGGGUGCUGCCCUAUUCUCCUUACCUCAUUUCAUCUCCCCGCCCUACCAGAUCCAGGAGGUCAACUCAUCUUCGGCCAACGAGGGCCUGUGCAUGAAUAGCAAUGCCAGCAGCAGGGAUCGCGUUGACAUCACUUCCUGUCCCAGAGACCAGGAGGGCAACGAGCACAACCUGUACGUGGCGCUGUUCGUCAUCGCUCAGAUCCUGGUAGGCAUGGGGUCCACGCCCAUCUACACGCUGGGGCCCACCUACCUGGACGACAAUGUGAAGAAGGAGAAUGCCUCGCUGUAUCUAGCCAUCAUGUACGUGAUGGGAGCGCUGGGCCCAGCAGCUGGCUACCUGCUGGGUGGAGUCCUCAUCGGCUUUUACGUGGACCCCAAGACUGUUGUCAACAUUGACCAGAGUGAUCCCCGCUUCAUUGGAAACUGGUGGAGCGGGUUCCUGCUGUGCGCCAUAGCCAUGCUGCUGGUCAUCUUCCCCAUGUUCACCUUCCCCAAGAAACUGCCGCCCCGACACAAGAAGAAGAAGAGGAGGAAAAAGCUGAGUCUGGACGAUCUGUCCAGUGACGACGACGUCCUCAAGGAGAAGAGCAACAACAACAAGACCCAGACGGUCACUUCGUCCAUGGGCUUUGGCAAGGACAUCAAAGACCUGCCUAAAGCCGCAGUGAGGAUCCUCAGCAAUGUGACCUUCUUGUUUGUCAGCCUGUCCUACACGGCAGAGAGCGCCAUCGUAACUGCUUUCAUCACUUUCAUCCCUAAAUUCAUCGAGUCUCAGUUUGGGAUCCCUGCCUCCAAUGCUAGCAUCUACACUGGUGUGAUUAUUGUACCUAGUGCCGGCGUGGGGAUCGUCCUGGGCGGCUACAUCAUUAAGAAGCUGAAGCUGGGCGCUCGCGAGUCGGCCAAGCUGGCCAUGAUCUGCAGCGGCGUGUCCCUGCUCUGCUUCUCCACGCUGUUCAUCGUGGGCUGCGAGAGCAUCAACCUCGGAGGGAUCAACAUCCCCUACACCACCGGACCUACACUCACUAUGACGCAGAGGAACCUGACCGGAGGCUGUAAUGUGAACUGCGGCUGUAAAAUCCACGAGUACGCUCCGGUCUGCGGCUCUGAUGGCAUCACAUAUUUUAACCCCUGCCUAGCUGGCUGUGGCAGCGUGGCCAACGACAGCACUGGGAUCCGAAACUACUCCGACUGCGCCUGCGUUCAGAGCCGGCAGGUCAUCACGCCGUCGACCGGCAGUCAGGGCAGCAACCAGCUGCAGCUCGUCAUCGUCAAGACCUACCUGAACGAGAACGGCUACGCCGUGUCGGGGAAGUGCGACCGCACCUGCAAUACGCUCAUCCCCUUCCUCAUCUUUCUCUUCAUCGUCACGCUCAUCACUGCCUGCGCUCAGCCCUCCGCCAUCAUUGUCACCCUCAGGUCUGUAGCGGAGCAGGAGCGGCCGUUCGCUCUGGGAAUGCAGUUUGUCCUCCUCAGGACUCUCGCGUACAUCCCGACUCCCAUUUAUUUUGGGGCCGUCAUCGACACCACCUGCAUGUUGUGGCAGCAGGACUGCGGCGUCCACGGCUCCUGCUGGGAGUACGACGUCACCUCUCUGCGCUUCGUGUACUUCGGCCUCGCUGCUAGCCUCAAGUUCCUUGGCUUCCUCUUCAUCUUCCUCACCUGGUACUCCAUUAAGUACAAAGAGGAGCGGGUAGAGCGCUGGCUCAAGCGCCACCUGUCGCCCGUCGACACCGUGGGCAGCCUCGUCUGCCACCCCGGCGGCCACAAGGGCCACGCCCGCACCCGAUCCUGUCCCGUGAAUAUCCCUCGAACCGACCCCAACGCUCUGCCUGCUAAUGCACCGCCGCGCGCCGGCACCCUGAACCGUGGCGUUAGCACCCAGAGCUGCCCCGGCCAGGAGCUGAAAGCAAUAACUCCUCCUCCGGCAGCCGCGGCUGGACCUUCACCCGCAGCGGCGCCCAGCCCCGCACCUGCCCAAUCACUGGAACACGUCUCAGUCCGAGUCUGAGCUCCAGAUCGGGGUCAGGCGACGAGGCAGGUCUCUUCCACUGACAUCUUGUUUCUCCAGUCAGCUGGGUUUUUAGCCGCUGUCAGGAACACCAGUCAUAACACGGAUGUCCUGCUCGCAUCUCAAAUCUCUGAUUAGCUGGUGAAACACUGGUAAACUACGUGGACCGAAAACCUUCAGGUAGACCUCCACUUUGUCCAGACCAGGUGGAAAUCUCUGCUCGGUUCAUUGAAAUGCAAAUGGAAGCUUGGUUUCCUUUGAGAUGGAAGACAGUUCAUCGCUCAUAAGCCCCCACCUCCACACUCCACCUUGGCAAUGUGUGCCUUCUGUCACCACGAUCCUCACAUUAAUAGUACAAAACACACUGGAAGCCCCUCACACACAGACUGGUCACCUUGUAGGAGUCACCUGAACAGAUACCUCAGCUUCGCUAACCUCUCCCUUCAGCUUCACCGUCGCCUCACGUCUGCGUGCUUCAUCCUCAUUUGCGAUUUUCUUUUGAGCCAUUUUUGUUCUUGUAUCAGCGCUUUCACUGGAAAAAAAAAGAAAAACCUUUGGAAAUGUGACACACAACCGUUAAAGAACUGGAAACCGAUGGCAUGGUGCUAUGUGAAAAACAGCGUCCUUUUUUAAAAUCUUUUUUUUUUUUAAAGAAAAAACCCAACAGGUCACUGGGCUAAGCAGCUUAGCAUGCACAGAAUGCCUUCCUCUUCGAUGCAAGGCCUUUUGUUGCUCCCCUGACACAAUGACACGCGGUAUUACUGCUGAAAGUCGGAUUGUUUUGGCUUUUUCCAGCUCCAUACAAUGCAUCCAUACAUCCGGGCCUCCGACUGGCACCCUGUGAUAAGCAGCUUAACCUGGGGAGGAAAAAAAAAAGAGGAUCGGCAUUUUCCUCCUGACCACAUUCCCGGCGAGCCAGCGGCGGAUUCUCCGAAUAAACGACUGGAAGAACGAGGAAAGAAACGGACUGCAUUUCAGGCUCAGUGACUUCCGUCCACUUUACUAACAGCAACUCUAACAUUUGUACUCAACAUGUAGGAUGGCGAGUAGUCGACCAUCAAGUAGAGGUCAUAGUGUAGUCAUCUGUUCCCUUUGUCUGCUCCAGAAAUGAAAGCGGCAUCUGCAGAUGGAAACUGUAUGAAUGCACCUUGUUGGUUUAAUAUGAAACAGUAGUCCUGGUGUAUUAUGGGUAAUGACCUGCUCGUCUGCCAGAAUGUGAUGUGUGUUGCGUUUGAUAGGUGUAAGUCGCAGCCAAGUGAGGAAAAAAUAAGAAAAUAAGGCAUCAGUUUGCAGAAUGGUUCAGUAGCUUAUUGAGAAAGUAGAGAAAAGGUCACAGAUUCCUGAUGGAGUGCAGCUAAUGAUCGUUUUCUUUGAUCUAAAAAAAAAAAGUCAGUUUUUCUGAGCUCAAAUUAUUUUGUUCAACCACAAAACCCAAAGAUGCUUUUAGCAAUAUGAAAAACCGAAACGCUUAACCUAUCAAAUGUGCAAGUCCAAUUAGGCUCAUUUCCAGCUCUACUGUUUUACUCUUGGACUCGACUAGAGUAGCUUUGCAUGACUCACAGUUUAAAAUAAUCCUAUUUUAACUCAUACAGGCCUUUGUUCAGUCCCUCAAUUCGUCUACUGUCCCAAACAAGCUCUUUUAAUAUUUUACACCAGUGGUUCUUAAACAUUUUCAGGCCUGAUCCUGUUUUCACCUGUCACUAAACCAUCUUUUAUCAAUUACUAACAACAAACGUAGGGUCUUGAUCUAGAGUCAAUGCAAGAGCAUAGAAAAAAAAGUACCACUGCUUUAAACCUGCUUUCUUCUGGUUGGCUGCCCCUCACAAACAGUAGGUUUGAGCAGGAGGGGGUGGGGCUUUGGUCUCACACCCAGAGUGGUGUUGCCUGAGAUGACAAUAGUAGGGACUUCCCAGCUCACUCACUUAAAUAUUCACCAUUAAAACAGCAGACAUUUAAAGUAAGGAUAACAGCUCGACUUUAAAAGACGUGAAGCGCCAGUUUGGACCUCAGACGUUGUUUUUUCUUUUGGCAGUUUGGUGUAACAGAUUUAGUCGUUAAAGGUCAGAAUAAAUUUUGCUCCAUUUAUUAUGACAUUUAAAAAAUAUAACAUUAAACUCAAAAGGAGAGUAUUCACUGAGCUCUUACACAAAGAAGAAGCAGAGUCGUUUUUUGGUAGACGUGUUCUGAUCGUGUUCUGUGAAGGAAAAGUUGCACAACUGCUACUAAAUGCACUGAAAAGCAAGCAGUCACCGUAUUUGGAAAGUUUUCAACAAGAAGCCUCAACAAAAAUAAAUAAAAAUGACCAAUCUGAAGAAAACACAACCCAAUAACAGAACAUUUAGACCUUUUUUUUUCUUGUUUGUUUUGAUUUCAAAGGUAACAAUUAAGCCAUAUUUAAAGCUUGUUUUAAAAUUAGUUAGUGGUUAAAGUAGUUAAAUUUUCGAUUUAGCAGCCCAGUGGAAGCAAAUAAACACCAUCACUUUUAUGUUUUUAAUUCUGCUUUACACUAAACAAACUGUGGAACUGAAGUGAUUCUUAACAGUGAUGAAAGCUCAAAAAGUAACAAGUUUAAUUCUUAAAAUGUUUUAAUAGUUUUGCAAUAAAUCAAUAAAUGAAUAGUAUUAGUAAAAGUAAAUCAAUAACAUUUGUCGGACACUGUCAGUGCGCACAGUGAUGGGACAAACUUCUUUUUUUGAUCCAGAAAACAAUUUUGCUCCAAAUUUUUUGGAUUCUUUUCAAUCCAGAGAUUACAUUUACAAAGGAAAUAUUUUUGAACCUGUACCACCAUGUAAGCCAUGUUUGUGUUUUGUACAUAAACAGUUGGAUGAGGAUUUGCUUCCACUGAGGCUGCAGGCCAAAACUUUUCUCCUCAGUCUAGAAACCUUGAGGGCAUUUCUGAGCUUUAGGAACAGAAAUAUAAAUUUAGAUCAGUGUCAGAGCUUCUUUCCUCUUGGCUCUCUGUUUACAGCUCGUUACACAUCUGUGUUUGUUUUUCCCUCUGAAAACUCAAACCUCACAAAAACACUGUGUUUGGAUGUCGAGGUGCGAUGCCCGUGGAGGUUCGAUGUUACAUGUGCUCUUACUGUACACGCGCAGUUUCAUCGAUCGCUGUCCUGUGAGGACACCCGCUGGGCAGAUGUGUACCAGCCGUCCGACACGCACAUCAUGUCCCAAACCAACCGAAGAGAAAGACGAUCAAUACUUGUUACAUGCGAGACAGAGAACAAGAACCAAAACAGUAUUUUUGUGUGUCGACAGCACGGUUGGUGCCUCAUUUUGUCCCGGUGUUUUUACUUUUGAGACCUCAGAUAAAAGCAGCUCUGAUAUUUAAUGCUGAGCAUUCAAACUGGGCAAACUUUAAAAUGAGAUGCUUGACCAUCACUCCUGAACCCCAGAAAGUUUACACUCAUUUAAAGCCACCUGUUUCAUUUGCUGCACGGUUUGAGCUCCAGCAGGUGAAGGACAAUUUUUAAACCGUUUUCUGGCGUUUAACCUCUUUCACCAAACUAAUAAAAACGUAAUAAAAGCAGCUGUUUAAGCAGUAAGACUUCAGACAGAUACCAACAGGUCGACUUGGGCUGUAUUUUUAUGCAUUCAUCAAAGAUUCAGUAAAAGGACUCGAUGUUACAAUCCCUGAUAAUGCAUUGCUUUAAAUGGAGAAAAUCUUGAGGGAUGGCUGUUAUGAGGAAAAGCAGCCCAGAAACUUGACCAGCGGCACACAUCGUUGUGUGCCUAAACUUUUGUUCUUUUACCCAAGCUAGUCUGCCCUUUUUCCUUGGUUAGAUUUAAAGAAUUUAAAAUUCAAAAUAGUUCAGCUCAAAGGUUUGAGCAAGUCUAGGCAUACCUGUAAAAAGAGAACAGUUAUUCAUACGUUUACGUUAUACCUGCAUUAUUGACACAGUAUUGUCACUUCAUUGUAAUCGUCAAUACACGGUUAUCAUGAAACUCAUAACAGCCAACAAACAAUCCAUCAGUCGACCCUUGUUUUUGUUUACAGUUACUGCAUUAAUAUUAUUAUUAUUAUUGUUUUACACGUGCUUCCUAUUUUGUUCCCCUCAGAGAGUCGCGGUGCAUCUUGUGCAGCAAUAGGAUAAAAAAUAAAAUUCAAGCUGGAAUAUUUCAAGAUGAGGCGCGUGCUGGAGCUGAUGACUGACUGGUGAGCUUUAAGGGUUCAGUGAUGUUAAAAAAGAUUCUUGUUUUAAUUAAAGUGAUUAUCAUGGUUGAACAGGUUAGAGCUCAUGUCUGAUGCAAUAACAUGUUUCUGUAAUGUUAGAGUGACUUUUGAGGUGAUAAAAUUAAGGACAGGUGGACAAUAAUCGCACACAAGAAACGUCGUUGGGACAAAAAAAAAAUCGCACCACUUCUCAGUAAAUGGAAGGAAAACUUGACGCACGAUUCCAGUAGAGAAAGUAGAGUAGAAUCAAAUUUCAGCACAUCAUUCCAUUUUCAUGUACAGCGAGAACAACUAAUACAAAUCUCACCGUGUCCGUCUGUGUCGUGUUAGAGAUGCUCGUCCAUCCGUUGAACAUUUAACAACCAGAACAUCUGCUGUUUCACUUCGUCCAUGCAGCGCUGUGGUUUAGCUGCAGGCGGCGCUGUUUCACGUCUCAAACGACACUGGGGGGAUGAACUGCUGACACCAGUAUUUCUUGAUGGCUGGCUUUUUUUUCCCUUUUUGAUACCACACAAAAAGAAAAUGGGAAGUUUUUGUUUAACAGGAGGAAAAGGUGCGUUUAUUGGGGACUAUUUUUCAUGGCGGAUUAGUCAACCUGUUACUUUUGGGGCAGCACAGUGAUGCAUGUGGGAGUGGGUCUGUGUUCAUGGUAAUAAAGGAACAUUUCAGUCGUCUUUGGACAGCGGUGCAGUGCUGUUAGGAGGAAGUUUGUGGCUUUCUGGGUGUCGUACAGCUUAAUAAACCUCGUAAUGAGGCACACAGGAAGCCUCCUAAUCACACACCUGGACCACCUGAUGCACUGAUAGAUAUACUGUAAUCUUUAUAAUGAAGCUGAAAGCUUUUUAAGGGGUUCAAAGGUCCAGAAAUUCUCACUUCUCAUUUUAGCCGCACAUAACCAGCCGUGCAGGUGGUGUCAGUAUUUCAUCCUCCGGCUUCAGGAUUUUACCACAUCGAGUCGUUUACCUCCGUGUGUUGCUUCAUAUGUGGCAUCAUUUCCAGACUGUGACUACAGACAAAGACUGAAUCUUUACGAGCUCCUUCAGGCAGAUGUAGGUUUUACCUUCUUCUUCUUCUUCUUCUUUUUUUAAAGAAAAAAAAAACAAUCAGUAUUGUAUUUAUUUCCAAACAGUGUUUUUGAAUGACUGAACGAUCGCACUGAUGAGAGGCAACAUGUAGAUUUGUGGAUGCACUGUUUACAGAUGCCUUGGUUACUUGACUUCUGUCAAUAAAAAUGUGAAGAAAAAAAUUAAUAAAAGAGAAUUACAGAAA